AUGGCUGAAGUCUUUACCGCUUUUCCUACCGCUAUUUUUAAUGAGAAUGCUCGAAUUCCAAUGCUUUCUGGUGACAAUUAUGCUGAAUGGAAGGAGAAAGUCCUUCUCAAUUUAGGGUGCUCGGAUCUGAACCUCGCACUCCGUGUGGAUGAACCACCUAUCCCCACGGAAUCAAGUACGCCAGCGGCUAAGGCUGAUUAUGAGCGGUGGGAGCGAUCUAAUCGCUUAAGUUUAAUGCUCAUUAUAGCCCACAUAAGCCAAAGCAUUAGGGGUUCUAUCCCUAAUAGUGAUAAGGUCAAAGCUUACAUGAAGGCAAUUGAUGAACAAUUUGUAAGCUCUGACAAGGCAUUGGCCAGCACCCUUAUGAAGAGGCUCUCAAGUAUGACUUUCGACAGAAGUCGUAUAGUGCGUGAGCACAUUAUGGAGAUGAGAGACAUUGCUGCUAAACUCAAGUCCCUUGAGGUUGAUAUGUCCGAACCAUUUCUUGUGCAUUUUAUUCUCAACUCACUUCCUGCGGAAUAUGGUUCGUUCAAGUUUUCUUACAACACACAUAAGGAUAAAUGGUCAAUCAAUGAACUUUUGACCAUGUGGUUCAAGAAGAAGAGAGGUUGA